UUGUUCACCAGGUCAUUGAUAUGAUUACUCCAACAACUCAAUUUACCUCCUCAAGCACGAUUGGUGUACAUGAACCAAUCCACCAAAUUAGCAUGUGGGACGACACAUUUGGAGGUACCAUUAAUCCCAAUACAGAUUUGUGUAUGAUCACACAGGCGGAUGCAAAGCUAGCUGACAUGUGUGAGUAUGCUUCUGAUAGAUCUCUGGAAGCAUCUGGCGAUAACCAAACAGCAAAGAGUAUUAGCGAUAAGGUGGUACAAAGACGUUUGGCACAAAAUCGCGAAGCUGCUAGGAAAAGCCGUUUGCGAAAGAAGGAGUAUGUAAAGCAACUGGAAUCAAGCCGUUUGAAGCUGGCACAACUUGAGCUAGAACUUGAAAGAGCUAGGCAUCAGGGCUCGUUUAUCGGGGGCGCAACUGCUAAUGUGGGAUGUGGAAGUGUAAAUUCUGGAAUUGCUGUGUUUGAGAUGGAAUAUGGGCAUUGGAUGGAAGUGCAACAAAGGAAAAAUUCUGAGAUUAGAAAUGUUUUGCAGUCUCCAUUGGGUGAUGUGGAACUCCGUCCACUGGUAGAGGAUGUAGUAGAACACUAUUGCAAUCUCUUUCGCAUGAAAAAAGAUGCCGCCAGAGCUGAUUCCUUCUACUUAGUCUUCGGCUUGUGGAGAACACCAGUCGAGCAGUUUUUCCUUUGGAUUGGAGGAUUCCAACCAUCAGAGCUUAUCAAUGUUGUGCUGCCUCAACUUGAGGACUUGACAGAAGAGCAAAAGGCAGAAGUCUGUAAACUGCGACAUUCUUGUCAACAAGCGGAGGAGGCUCUUUCACAGGGAAUCGAUAAGCUUCGAGAGACUCUAGCACAGAGCAUAACAACUCUGGCGGGUGGAGCAGGAAGUUACAGUUCUCAGGUGGUUUCUACUAUGGAGAAGUUGAAAUCACUGGAAAGCUUUGUACAACAGGCAGAUCAUCUUCGGGAGCAAACUCUGAGACGAAUGUCCAUCAUUCUAAAUACACGCCAAGCAGCAAAGGGGAUGCUCGCUUUUGGGGAGUAUUUUCAAUGUCUGCGAGAUCUUGGUUCGCUGUGGGCUGCUAGUCCUCGGAAUUUCUCUAUCUAGCAUAAGAUACAACCUACCAUUGAUAGUAAUUUAUUCUAGUUGCCACAAAUAAUGCCAGAGUUGCUAUGUUGUCAUAAUUUUGCUUACAUAAUUAAUUAAUUAUCAGUAAUUGUACUGUGGACAUGGCUUAUUACGUAUGAAUCUUGUAUAUAUAAACUACAAUUGAGUCCAAUGUUUUACUUAAGCUAGCUGUUAGAAAAGUUCUACCAACUCCAUUCCUUCGUCAAGGAAAAACUCAUCAGUCUUGUUGCAAGCAAAAUCUUUGGAUUUUCAGAUGAUGAAAGUUGAAAGGAAGCUCCUUUUUAACAGAUGAGAUAACGGCAAAAACUAUAGAGGAGGCAGAAAAAGAUUAUCAAGAACUGGAAUCUGCAGUCCCGUCGAGAGUUGGUAAACAGUUCAGUAUUGAUCGUUCAUCAGUUGAAAAACCUUAUCAAAACGCUUAAGCUUCUACACGAGGCAAUUCAACAUGGUAUAAGAUCAUUCGAUGUCCUCUAUUCGAGUUUUGCUGAUGGGACAAUUUGAAGAAUAAGAUAAAUAUGUCUUUAGCACUCAGCGUUUAGACGAGAUGGAAGCUCUUGAAGUUGAAUCCCUUUGCAUUCUGGUAACAGCAUCAAGUGUUGCAACCGCAGCCCACAAAUAUUGACUGGAAAGACAAAGGUAUAUGUAAAAUGUGGUUCUAAAACCCCUUUUUGGAAGUGAAAAAUCGUUCCAAUCAAAUGCCCACUUGGCAAGUUGUUAUUGGUCACUUAAGUUGCACCCAGAUUUGUGCUCUCUCUUUGGUGAUCUGAAGUGUAAUGGAUCUCAUGUUUUACUUGGUUGACUCGAGGGCUCAUUUUGGUGGGCAUAUGAGUUGAUGAAAAGUUGAUCAUCAUGUGGCCUUUCUCUCUCUAAUUUCACGAGGGUUUUCUCUCUUUAAUUUUGCAAUCUUUUUCUUCGGUUGAAAUAGUCUUUCAUUCGGUCCAUAGAUUAGAAUUAGAGUUGUAUAUUGGGUUCACUGCUUUAGUGUUUUAGGCUUCCAUUUGAGCUAAUGAAGUUUUCUGCUGAUUCUUGUAUAGUAUAGGUUGGUUUCGGAGAUCCUUUGGAUCGAUGACCGUGCGUAGUCUGAGUCUUGAUUGUAUUGAUAUUAAAUUCUCUCUCGAAUGGUUCUUUGCACAUAUUGACGAACCCUUUUUAUCUCUGAGCCCCCCAGAUUAGGUUUGGCCGAACUGAGUGAACAAUUUUAGUGUUAUUUAUAUUUUAGCAUUAUGUU